AUGCCGGACGUAGCUGAGUUUCGGGAUGCCGCAGAACUUUUCUGGGGGUGCAAGGCUGACGGUCGCCUUGCUGUGAUCAACUACGUCGUCGCCGUGUUUGCUGCAAUCAGUUCAGCAUCCAUGGAGAACACACCUACGUGGGUGGCCGUCUCGGUCGUGGCAGCCGUUGCGAUCGGGGUGCCACUCAUGGCGCUCGCCAAAGCUACGUUCAACGAGCGCUCCCUGGAUGCGUUUGCAACAUCGAGGAAUAGGAUCGCCAGGAAGUUCGGUUCUGCCGGAAUGCUGCGAGCUCGACGCGACGGCAACACAAUUAUGAUUCGUUCCCGCGAUAUUGUGGUUGGAGACGUGCUCGAACUCAGGGCCGGUGACCGCGUCUGCGCCGAUGGAAUGCUACUCGAUGAGUCUGGGUCGAUGCGGGUGGACCAAAGACAUUUGGCGACCGAACGCGAACAUCAGGAUGCGCACAAAAGUCCUGCGCUUGACCGUUUCAUCUUCGCCGGGUCCGAGGUGAAGAGCGUGGAUAGCGUGUGCAAGAUGCUCGUUACCCGCGUGGGGAAGACCACCCGCUGCUUCAAGGUCUUCAAGGCGCAUUACACCCGUUUCUACUCGCUCGAUCGCCGCUACGGCGAGGCCACCUUCGCAAGCAUCGCCUUCGAGAAGGAGAUACUGUGGUCGGCUGGAUCGCUGGGGCCCACCUGGGGGUUGGCGACGGGUUCGGUUCUCUGCACGAGAUUUCUCCCUAUUGUAGCAACAAGCCUACGCUCGACGGAAAAGGCCAUGGUGUGUGGCGUGUUUGCCACGGCCGUCCUCAACGCGAGGGCUGCACGCGCCGCAAAGGAUCGUCUGGAACAACGAUGGGGAGAGAACGAGGAGAACACAGGGGAAAGAGAUUUUGCAAGUAGAGCCUUACUGUUCGCUCUGGGUCUCGCAUUCAUGUUGCCGGGACCACUGUUGAAACUGUUACAGCUGGUACAGUGCGGGGAGCAACGACAAUCCAAUAUUGAGCGGUCCUUGGGAGUUUUUUGGCGAUGUGUGUACAUCAUCGGCUCGAUGAUCUACCUUGCGCACAAUCCCCCGGGAUUACUGGUGAUAUCAUCCCUGCUGCUGUCGCCGAGCUCGAGGUUCGGGUAUGUGCUUGCCGUGGAUACCUGCCUCUUGGGAAUGAUCGUUCAGGAACGCAAAGGUCGUCACAAGCUGAUGAGGCCUUUCCGACACAGGAUGAGGUCGGCACACGCUGACGAGGACUUUCCGACAGAGGAGGACGCCUUGCGGGCACAAGCUGACGUCCUGCCGGCACAGGAUGACGUCCUGCCGGAACCGGCUGACGCUGUGCCGGCACAGGAUGUACAAGAUGUGGCGCUUCCGCGUUCUAGGAGUUCAGACAACUUGGACGCAAAUUCGGAGUCUUCGGAGUCUCUGUCCGAUCUUUUUGGUGGAGCCUUGAGGUCCGCCGCGGUAGAAUUUGUGAAUAACAGCUCAUCCGACGACAUGAGUGUACAUGCUUCGAGACUGCAGCUGCUACAGGCAGAAGCUCAAAACAGUGGAGUUAGGUGGCCCGAACCAUUGGCUUCGCUGGUGGACGAUCUACGGCAGCAUGGGCUACUGAGGAACUCGGAGAACAUUCUCCACGGGUAUCCGGCUGCUCGCCUCGUGGAGGAGGUGUCGAUGCUCGACGGCGCCCUUGGGGCUUUAGCAGAGGUCAUUCAGCACAAAAUUCGACAGGGGGCGAUGGACGAGUGCGAGGAGUCUUGUCUCUACAAGCAGCGGGUGGAAGAGGCAAAAUCGCGCCUCGACGACGUAGCGAAGGCAAAGGGGGGCUGGCUGCCUGGCUUCUUAGGUGGAUGGCAAACGGAUCGCACCACGGUGGACACGCUUUACCCCUGGGAGCGGGAAAUGUUGCUGGCCAAAUAUUUAGAUAUUUUUCGUUCGAGUUCCUCGCAUGACGACGACACCCCUCCGCUUCGCGUGGACUUUCUGGGUUUGGGAGACUUCCUGGGAUCGGGAGCAUUCGGCCAGGUGAAACUAGUCGACUACAGGGGCAUGAACGCGGCGGCUAAGGUGAUUUCAAUGGGAGACUACGAGGACAACGACGAAGAGUUUGCCAUUCGCCAGAAGACCCUGGAAAGCGAGGUGGAGACGUUGCGGCGCCUUAAGUCGCCGCAUAUCGUGAACGUGCUAGACGGCAUAGUCCACCAGCCGAGUCAGACCAUCAUUAUCAUGGAGUUCGUCAACGGCGGGACGCUGGAACGCUUCAUCGCCGCACGCGCUGCCGCGGCGGCAGCAGCAACAACAGGGCAGGACGAGCUAGCCAGCGGCGUCGACCUUCAGCGGGGCAUAUUGAUGGACAUAGCCGCCGCGGUAGCCUACCUGCACGGGGAGGGCGUGAUUCACGGCGACAUCAAACCCGCCAACAUUUUGCUUGACUGGGAUGGAAAAGCGAAGCUGGCGGACUUCGGGCUUUCCAGUUGGGUGCAUGAACAGCCAGUUGGCGAUUCUACAGCCCCGCGCGGUUGGACAUACGAGUGGGCUGCUCCCGAGGUGAUGGACAUGCAAGAAUGCACAUCAUGCAGUGAUGUCUUCAGCUUUGCGGUCAUCUGUUGGCAGAUGCUCACUCUCAAGGUUCCAUGGGAAGAGGUACGCAUCAUGGACAAGAUUGUAGUUCACGUGGGCAAUGGCGGCCGUCUUCCGAUCCCACGUGGGAGUCCUGUUGGCCAGGAAACGCUCAUCACCUCGUGUUGGGACCAAGAUCCGCGAAAGCGACCGAGGGCAAACAAGCUCAAAGACAUGUUGUCCAUGCAGGCGAGUCAGGCAUUCAUUUGUUUCCCGUGUUGCCCCCCGGCAACAAAAGAAGGCGUUUUGACGCGCCACGAUCAACAGUACUAUACAAGGCCGUGGCGUUGCGUAUUGCUGUGGGAAACCUGCGACCUGCGACAACGCUACGCUCAGUAGCGCUCAUGUAAUAAUAGGGUUGCGUCGAACGUUUUGCGUGUUUUGUGGGCUAUAACCUAUUUGGAGCCAUGUGUGUGGCUCUCAUAUUUUUUAUACGUCUGGCGUGCUUUCUGCCUGCUUUCGUUCUGUUCGGCAGUGGAGGAGUUCUUAAUUGUGGCCGCACCACUGUGCAUCCUCAAGAGUAGGAUGCACAAGGCGCGGGCUAUACUGGUUCUCCAAGAACUGCUUUCGUCGGUGCCAACGUGGUUGUCUACCAUUCCUUUUGAGCUGCGUUGUUUUCGCUCCUUGCUACGGAUGGCGAGUUGCUGUGACCUGAGGCUGCGCAAAACAAAUGGUAUUCAUGUUGAGAUGGCCCGGCAGCGAUGCGUGUUGGUUCUUUCGGUUUGGUUCGCUGUACGGUAGACUGUGUUGAGGGACGGAAUGGGGAUUGGUCUUCCAGCACGCUGGAUAAUGUUGUAGAAGUAUGUACCGUCGGGUUCAUCAUCCCGCGUGAGCACCAUCCAACACAAAAGCCAGCGUGGCAAAUUCGCUCCAAAUAAAUGUGUAUCUUCUUGGAACGUUUUUUGACGUGGAUACAACAGCAACAUACUCUCGGUACACUGCUUGGGACAGCUGUGAACAAAUGGUGUAUGAUAUUCCCCACGGUAACAGCAGUUUUGGUUUUGGUGCGUCCAAAUCAUGGUAUGGUCGAUGAACUACAGUAUUUGCUGGCCAGGUUAAGACACCGGAAUCUGCGGCAGGGAUGGUUUUUCGCUGCUUGCUUCUCAGCGCGUUCGG